UUCAUGCUUCGGAGUUCUGACCAUCGAAGUUCAGGUGUAGUCACAGCUUGCUUCAUCUUCUUCGUCUGAGAGAACCCAGCUCAUCGACUUCAUGCUCGUGACUCAGCACACUGGAUUUGAUUGGGAUGCUGAAAGCAACACUGUUACUGCUGAUGAGGAAGUUUGGAAGAACUAUAUUGUGGUACAUCCUGAGGCUACACAAUACAAGAAGCAAGGACUAAAACAUUACAACCUAUUAGGUGUAAUUUUUAAUAGAAGCACCGCCAUGGGUGUACUCCAUCAUUCAUCUACACAAGAUCCACCUAAUUCUGAUGAUGAAAACAAUCUUGAAAAUGAAUAUAUAAAUACUGGAGUUCAUAUAGACCUUAGUAGGGAUGACGAUGUUGGCCCAGAAACAAUAGAGCGUGUAACUCAUAGUGGAAAACGUGUUGUUGAAGUCUCUAAUAGCAAGAAAAGGAAAGAAUAUAGGUCUAGUCAAAUGGGAGAUGCAAUUCAAGCAUAGGCUGAAGCAUCUAAAGCAAGGGCUAAAGCUCAAAUUGCUAAGGCUGAGAGGUGGAGAGCAGGGAGUGUUGAAAGUAGUAGUACUGGAGCUUCAUCAUCUGAAUAUUUAGUUGUCAAUUGUAUUGCUGCCCUUGAUGCCAUUGAUGAUGUCCCUGAUGAUAUCUAUGCCAAAGCAAUGGAAAAAUUUACUCAAGGCAUUUAUAGAGAAUUAUUUAUGACAGUGUGUUUAGAGAGAAAGAAGGCAUGGCUGUAUAAUUUAAAGUGAUGUAUGUGGGUUGAUAGUUUUUAUGUUAGGUGGUGAAUCUUUUGUUUCAUGAACGUGCUUUUUGGUGCUUUUCAUGUUAAUUUCUUGAACUAUUUUGUUGGUCUUUUUAAUGUUAAUUCAAUGUGAUGUUACUAGUC